AUGGUUGCUGCCGGCGACAGUACUACCGGCGCUGGCUCGGGCUUGGACAUUUCGUACGGACAGUCCGGAUACAAAGGCCUUGUGGAACAGCCAUUUCUAUUAUUUCUAUCCUUGUUUGCGAGCCUCGGAGGUGUCCUCUUCGGGUAUGACCAGGGAGUCAUCAGUGGGAUUUUAGUGAUGAACAACUUCGGCAAGGAAUUUCCCACAUUGGCCAACGACUCGACACUCCAAGGUUGGUUGGUUUCUGUUCUCACACUGGGUGCCAUGUUUGGUGCCCUUGCCAAUGGUCCCAUCGCCGAUCGCCUCUCGCGACGUUGGUCCAUCCUCCUUGCCAAUGUUAUCUUCCUUAUCGGAUCAAUUCUCCAGGCUGCAUCGGUCAAUGUGCCGAUGAUCUUUAUCAGUCGGUUCAUCGCAGGGUUGGCAAUUGGUCAGCUGUCAAUGGUGGUUCCUCUCUAUAUCAGUGAGCUAGCACCACCCAAUCUUCGCGGUGGACUUGUUGCUCUACAGCAAUUCGCGAUUACGGGUGGCAUCAUGAUAGCCUUCUGGCUGAAUUUCGGAACCCAGCAUAUUGGUGGAACAGGGGACGGGCAGUCGCCCGCUGCAUGGCGCUUCCCUCUCGCCUUGCAAUGUCUAUUUUCGUUAAUACUGGGCUUUGGAACUUUCUUCUUGCCAUACACUCCACGCUGGCUGAUGAUGAAGAACAGAGAAGACGAAGCUAUGUCGACGCUCUCCCGCGUGCGUCGUGUGCCUAUAAGCGACAACCGCAUCAUCCAGGAAAUGCUUGAGAUCAAGGCGUCAGCGAUGUUCGACGACGAGACAACUGCUGCCAUGUUUCCAGGAGUCACCUCACCUAUUCGUCUGAGCUACGAAAGAUAUAAGUCCCUUUUUACCUUUCGCCACUUGAAUCGCCGCCUCUUGCUUGCCUGUCUCCUCCAAUUGAUCCAGCAAUUCACGGGUAUCAACGCUAUUAUCUAUUACGCACCCCAGAUCUUCAGGAAGAUUGGCCUGUCUGGCAGCUCGGUAGAUCUCCUCGCGACCGGUGUAAUCGGAAUUCUGAACUUCCUCUGCACUAUCCCGGCAAUCAUGUACAUGGAUCGCUGGGGCCGCAGAAAGGUCCUCCUUGCGGGUGCUGCCGGAAUGGGCAUCUCCCAGCUCAUAGUAGCUACCCUCUAUGCCGUAUACAAGAGUUCCUGGGCCAGCAACCAGGGUGCUGGCUGGGCCACGGCGGUGUUUAUAUGGCUGUACGUAUGUAACUUCGCGUAUAGCAUUGGCUGCGUCAACUGGGUUAUUCCCUCUGAGAUCUUCCCUCCGGGGGUGCGGUCUCAAGCUGUUGGUAUCGCCAUCGGUACAAAUUGGUUGAGUAACUUCAUUGUGGCGCUUAUCACGCCUCGGAUGCUGGAGUCGAUUGAAUUCGGCACGUUUUACUUCUACUUGGCCUUCUGUGUCUUUCUCGCGGUCUGGGUGUACUUCUUCCUUCCGGAAACAAAUGGUGUGCCCAUUGAAGAAAUGGAUAAGAUUUUCGGCGGCAGUCAGGGGGAACAAGACGCGAUGCGACUGGCAAAUAUUUACAGACAGCUUGGUGUUGGGGCUGGAUUUGAUGGGAAGCAAGAAAAGGACGCCGAUAGCCAUGUGGAAAACGUUGAAGCAUGA